AUGACACUAAUCGAUGCUCCUCGAAGUGCGACAACACUGCGGAAUGAGCUUGGACUGAAUGACAGCUUUACUGAAGAUGCAUGCAAGCAGUAUGCCCAGAUUCUUCAGAAGAAAUGGACAGUGAUUACAACAUUGCAGAGAAAGGUCAUAAGUCUAGAAUCCAAAAUCACCAACCUCGAAGCAAUACUGCAAUCCAAUCUUGGCAAUCUAACGACACAAACACAGCGAGACCCGAUAAAAUGGCUUCCUGGAAAGGCAACUUAUACGCUUGAAUCUCACCGAGCAGCUAUUAAUUGUGUUGCUUUUCAUCCAACGCAUCCCUCUCUAGCAUCGGGCUCCGAUGACUUCACCAUCAAGAUCUGGAGCUGGGAGUAUGGCGAGUUUGAAAAAACACUCAAAGGCCACACUCGAGCCAUCACAGGUCUUGAAUUUGGCGGCCAAAAGGACCGAACCCUGUUAGCUUCCUGCGGACAUGAUCUCAUGAUCAAAAUAUGGGAUCCAAGCAGCGAAUAUGCUUAUAUCAGGACCAUGGUGGGACAUGAUCACUCUGUUUCAUGCAUUCGCUUCCUACGUCCAGGCGAGAACAUCCUCGUAUCAGCUAGUCGGGACUCGUCCAUUCGCAUCUGGGAUGCAUCGACAGGUAUAUGUACCAAUUUAAUCAAUACCAAUCUUGACUGGAUCUAUGAUGUAUGCCCAUCUCCUGAUGGACAGUCGCUGGUUUCAGUGGGACGAGAUCAAGCAGCAACGAUAUGGGACCUUACCACCGGAGAAGCACGUACUACACUUCUAGGCCAUGAAAACUACAUCGAAUGCUCUACCUACGCACCUCACGCAAGUUAUUCGUAUCUAGCAACGAUGACAGGGAUGAGAGUAUCUCCUACAGCCUUGAAUUCAAUCGAGUUUCUGGUGACGGCCGGUCGAGAUAAAACAAUCAAGCUCUGGGACUCUCGAGGUGUUUUGAUCAAGACUUUCAUUGGCCACAACAACUGGGUCAAAGGCUUGGUUUUCCAUCCUGGUGGAAGAUUCUUGCUGAGUGUUGCUGAUGAUGGGACCAUUCGCUGUUGGGAUCUUGCGCAAGAAGGAAGACUUUCGAAAACAAUUGAGGUGAGUGGAGGUUUUUUUAGUUGUAUUGGAUGGGCGCCGUCCACAAUACACUCCGACAAGGAGGAUCCAGGUGAAGUGGAACUUCGAUGUGUCGUCGCUACUGGAAGUGCAGAUUCGCGAUUGCGAGUCUUCAUGUAA